AUGUGGCGACCACCGUCAACUGGAGUUACAAUGAUUUUCUUCAGUAGCGCUUUGUUGGUAUUCAAUUGUCUACAAACAGCGGGUGAGGCCACAGCGCGUUUGGCAGCUGAUGUGGCUGAGAAAAGUGAGAGAAACACAGCGGAAAUAGUCACCGCGCACAGCGUCACACGCAUACGCGUGAUGAGUACAACACAAAUGGCCACCAUCAGUGAUGAUGCAAAUGCCGAUCAGCUGGGCAUGAAGCAAAUGUGGUUGGACGUAAGACCCGCACGCUUUCCGGAAAGUGUCAGUUCUACGCGCAAAACGCCAACUGUGAAUAUAACCUAUCCGUUUGCACAAAGUUUCCAGCGCUCUGAACCCAAACGCACUUUCUAUGAUCACUGCAUGGAGCACCGCAACUCUUUCGCCGAUCUGGCCACACUCGUACUCUACUCGCUCGUUUGCCUUGUCGGCCUAUUCGGCAAUACACUUGUCAUUUAUGUGGUGCUGCGCUUCUCGAAGAUGCAAACGGUCACCAACAUCUAUAUACUUAAUCUGGCCAUCGCUGACGAGUGCUUCCUCAUCGGCAUACCCUUUCUGCUCUACACAAUGCGCAUUUGUAGUUGGCGCUUUGGCGGUUUCAUGUGCAAGGCUUACAUGGUGAGCACUUCGAUCACGCAGUUCACUUCAUCCAUUUUUUUGCUCAUCAUGUCCGCCGAUCGUUAUCUUGCGGUUUGUCAUCCGAUUUCCUCGCCUAAAUUCCGCACACAGCGCAUUGCCAAGAUGGUGUCGGCAAUUGCGUGGCUAACCUCGGCUGUGCUUAUGUUACCGGUGAUACUCUAUGCGAGUACUGUGAUCCAAGAAGAUGGUGUGAAUCUGUCGUGUAACAUAGAAUGGCCUGAAACGUAUAAGAAACACUCGGCGACCACUUUCACGCUAUACACUUUCUUUCUCGGUUUCGCCACGCCGCUCUGUUUCAUCUUAUGUUUCUACUAUUUAGUCAUACGAAAACUACACACAGUCGGCUCCAAGCAUAAAUCGAAAGAAAAGAAGCGUUCACAUCGCAAAGUUACACGACUUGUGCUCACCGUCAUCACCGUCUACAUACUCUGCUGGCUGCCAUAUUGGAUCUCACAGGUGGCGCUCAUCAAUUCAAAUCCCAUGCAAAGUCAUCUCUCGCGUCUCGAGAUAUUAAUUUUCCUGCUACUAUUUUGUCUUGUCUACUCGAACUCAGCUAUGAAUCCAAUACUCUACGCUUUCCUCAGCGAUAAUUUUCGCAAGAGCUUUUUCAAAGCUUUCACCUGUAUGACUAAGAGCGAAGUAAAUGCACAAUUGCAAGCCGAACCGAGUCUUCUCACCAAACAGGGCAGCGGUAAACGUCGUCAAAAGCGUAUGCUCAAUGACAAGCUAAACGAACCGAAUUGCGUAGCAACGACUAGCGCCAACAAUAACUCCUCGAUAACUACUUCGUCGACAACCACAGCGCCGGUGGGUGGCGAAAAUGUGACAGCUAUGAUGUUGGCGACGACAACGGUGUCAACAGAUGGGAGCGCUGGGGCGCCGCAAUUGAAUGGACGGCAAUUGAUGCGGGCGGCCAGUGUUGAGGGUGAGGAGAUAAUACUCGUGCUAGAGAAUGAGCGUCCUACGUGUGCGCUGGUCGAGCGCGAGUAUGCCGCCGGUAAUGUCCUGCAAACGGAUUUGUAA